GGGGGAAGGAAAUGACUGCAACACCCGCCGUUUGUUGUGAAGCGGCGGGCUAGUGAAUGUUAGAGAGCUAAGUUACCGAUGGCUGCAAACACUUGUGUGUGGGCUGAUAAGAAGAAUGAAAAUGGGGUGGAAACGCAAGGCAUCUCCUGAUCCACAACUAGAACAUGUCAAAAUACCUAAAAGGGAAUGUGUCAACACAUCUCACUUUUCUCACAAACUACUCACAAGUUCUUGGAGAAGGAAGGUGUCUACUCCUACUAAGAGAAAGAGCUGGACAUCAAUCCACGCACCGUCUCCAGGCAGACAAGCUCAUCGAUUCAAAUGCCAGGAGCAGAAAUCCAGUGAAGACCAUGUUGAGGAUGAGAGUGAUGGUGUCCAGUCCUCCCCAGUUUCAUCUCCUCUUCAGUCAGAGGAGGAUGCAGAACUGGGUCUGGUAAUCACUGUGGAUGAAGACCGGUGUGAGCUGGAGGAAUCGUUGAAUGGUGUGAAUGUAAAGAAUGUAAUGACUCAAAGGGAAGGAGAGAUUCUUAAGGUGAAUGAAGAGACAGAGAAGAUGGCAGAAAGGCUUGAGCAAGAGGAUGAGAGUGAGGAGGAGUUGAGGAAGUUGGACAGAGACUUAACCUUCAAAUCACAAAAACUCAAGCUCUCCGCUGUCAACGUUCGAAACAUUAUCCAUGAAGUGGUAACCAAUGAGCAUGUUGUGGCCAUGAUGAAAGCUGCGAUAAGAGACACACAGGACAUGCCUAUGUUUGAGCCUAAGAUGACCCGUUCAAAGCUCAAGGAAGUUGUUCAGAAAGGGGUGGGAAUGGGCAACUGGAACAUCUCACCAAUAAAAAAGCCAAAUGAGACAAAGCUGCCCCAGUUUGUAGACAUUCCUCUGCAGGAGGAGGAAGACUCAUCUGAUGAAGAGUAUUGUCCUGAUGAAGACGAGGAGGAUGAAACCGCUGAGGAGACAUUUUUGGAGAGUGAUGUGGAGAGCACAGCCUCCUCUCCACGUGGCAGCAGACAUACUCCCUCUCAUAAGCCAUCUGAACGAGACGAUGCCAACAACAGCCCCAGAGUGAAGCCCAAGCCUUUCAGGCACCUGAGAGUCGAGGCAGUACCUAUGGGUCCCCCUGCCCCUCCACCUCAGUCAUGCGGCCCCUCGCGAACCCUCAGGGCUCCUGAUCCCUUCAUUGAGAAACUCCAUGCUGUGGAUAAAGAGCUUGAUCUGAGUCCUCUCUGCAUGGAGCCUUACCAGGCUCUGAGCAACAGCAGCGGAGGAGAGCCGGAUCAGGGUCUGGUAGCUUUUCGGACCCGAUCAAAGCGGCCGCUGAGGGACGUUCCUCUGGAUCAGCUGGAGGCAAAGCUCCACGCACCAGACAUCACGCCAGAUAUGUACGAUAACGUCUUCACACCAGAGGAUCGUGAAUGGUCUCAGUGGCUGCAGGGACUCAUGUCGUCUCACCUGGAUAAUGAAGAAGAAGGCGAUGAAGACGACGACCCCGAAUAUAACUUUUUAGAAGAUUUAGACGAACCAGAUUUGGAAGAUUAUCGAAAUGACCGGGCCGUUCGCAUCACAAAGAGGGAAGUCAAUGAGCUCAUGGAGGAGCUGUUGGAGAUGUUUCACGAUGAGUUGGCAGUCAAUGAACAAGAUGAGGAAGGUCAUGAGGAAGAUGAGGAACGUGAUGAGGAGGCCAAUAACACCCCACAAUUCAAUGUUCCUCAAGCCAUCAGGUUUGAGGAGCCACUGGCUCAUAUGUUGACAGCAUGCAGGCGGACGGUCAGAGAGCAGAUGGACGCCCUGCAGCAGAGGAGGGAAAACCAGGCUCGCGCUACCCAGCAUGCACCUGGGCCUGGUGUGGUUCUCGUGCAGCCCAGCUGUCCUCUGGUGGUCGCCCAGACUCAAAGAAAACAGCUGCAGCAGCAAAUACAACAACACGUCCAGUUAUUGACACAGGCCAAUAUGCUUUGCAGCCCAGUGGAAGCGCUACAGAGCGAAGCUCAAACCACCAAACAUUUUCUGGGGGAGUUGCUGUCAUUUGCGGAGAGAGCCGAGGAGGGGAGGACUACGAUUAAUCCAGGUUUCAGAAGCGUGUUCCGAGUGUGUAACUUAGAACCAUCCCUUAAGCUGCUGGAGAAGUUGAACCAAUGUCCUUUUCCUGCCCACCUCCCUCCCAAACCCACAUGCCAUAACGCAGCCCACUCGUACCCGUUUCUCCCCGCUGGUCUGGCGUGGCUGUUCGCCACACGCUCUGCGUUUCUGUACCCAGAACUUCUGCCGAACUGCAGUCUGGAUCCGGCCCUGCACCCUCCCCGCGGCAAAUAUUAUCACACCAAAGCAGAGGACAGUCUCAUAGUCUUAGGUUUAAAGCACUUUGCUCAGACAGAGUUUCCUUAUCACCUGAUGAGCCGGUAUCUCAUCAGGACCAUACGUCAGGAUCAGCUCCGUGUACGUGUGAAGGACUUGGCAUCCAGACGUGGACACAACAUUAUCAAGUUUUAUUGUCAGAACCGCGUGGUUCCUCCUCUGCCGGUGAUGUGCAGCCCUGUUUCGCCUGGAGAAGAGCGCCCUCCUGUGGAGAGAGAACAGAGCAUCAUGCCCACCUGGCUGAGGAAAAGUUUACCGAGCAUCCAUAGGGCAGUUUUUCAGUCCUGUUCGAAGGUGACCUCAACCACCAAAACUUCCGACCUUGUCUUUCCUAAAGGAUCAAAAUACCCACAAUUCCUCCCUAAAGGCGUUCAUCUGCGCCUGCACCCCGCAUGGAACACAUCUCGCCCACAGCUGCCCAAACCCCGGCCUCUGGGUGGUUUUUCCUGCCCUACUCUCGUACCAUUAGCUAAAGCCCCUCCAUGUCCCACAGGUAAUUUAUUACCCAAUGUCUCCACACCAACUCACAGUGUAUUUUUAUUGGCCCAAGCACCUAGCACAUCCAUGAAUGGAGUCCUCCCAUUGGUCCAUCCUCCUUCAACACCUGCCCAUGGGAUGGUGCCGCAGAGCACUUCUUUUCCUAUUAACUUCCAGUAUAUCACCCCAGAAUUGGGGUCUGCUAUUCCAAUGCACCCACCUGCCAACGUGCCCCCCACUUUAGUGCCGAUACCCCCAUCUGUCGACAGUUCUCUGCAUACUGCCAUGAUGGUUAGGACAAGUGGUGUGCAACGGGGACGAAACAUGUCAGAUAAGCUCAAAAAACAGACAAUACCUAGAAAAUUUGCACCUUUGAAACCAGCCCCCCAACUGCCCAAAAUAAUGCCGCUGCCCUCCACAACCAUGAACAAUGCACGCAACUCUGUUGUUGUUAUGGAACAGGCAAUACCUUUGAAUGUCACACAGAAUAUUGCCGCUCAGACUAAUGAAAAUGCCUGUCUUGUGACUGCCGCACAGAGAUUGGUCACAUCUCAAGACAUAAUCAUUCAGUUAUCAGAAUGUAACAUUUUACAUACCACCCCCAUUCAGAAUACUGUUGAAAAGGGUCAAAUGAGUCUUCAAAGUCGUGUUCCACCAGCCAGCUCACAGAGCUCCUCACCUCUGAUGGCAUCACCAGCAGACAGUUCUCAGUAUGUGCUGGUUCCGACUGUUACACAAACAGGAGUGCCACAGUUUUUACUCCUGCCCAAAGACUCAUUGGUUGUAAACCAACCUGCCGCAAUUUCUGCUGAAUGUGCACCAGUUGUGCCACAUCACCAUGUUUCUUUUGAGAUUUCUUCUGGUCCUGUGCUCAAUAACACAAAGAGAGCUGAGCAGCCUUUGAAUAUUGUAACACCUGUGCCAGUAAGUGUGGAGGAUGAUGGGAAGGAAGUGAGUAAGGAGGAGGUAGAAGCAAAAAUGACCGGUGAUCGAUGGGAAGAAGAAAUGGCGGGUGCUCUCUUCGGCAGUCCUCUCCUGGCGCUCUCCGAAUCCUCCUGUAGCCCCGACUCUAGUCUAACCAGCACAGAUGCUAGUGUGGACAGUGGUGCCGAAGCUUCGGUGAGGGAAGAGAUGGACACGAAACGUCUUUCUGAUAGUGAGAAACAGGAGAGUGAUGAGUCUGACAGCUGGGAACCACCCGGAGUGCUCAAACACAGCACAGGGGAUGGGAAGGACAAACAGUCCAAAGGGGGAGAGAAUGAGGGCAAUAGGGAAGAAGGACGGGGAGAGGGGAGGGAAAGUGGUGGAGGUGGAGAGCGUGAUGAAGAUAAAGAUGGAGAAAACAGUGGAGACGGAGAAAGCGGUGAGAAGAGAGAUGGAGAUGGAGGUGGAGAUAAAGGACCAGAGGAGAGGGAUGGAGACGGAGAAAAAGAUGGAGAUGGCGAGCGUGAUGAGGAGGAGGAAGAUUUUGACGACCUCACACAGGAUGAAGAUGAGGAGGAAGUGAUGUCAUCGGCGUCGGAGGAAUCUGUGCUUUCAGUUCCGGAACUUCAGGAGACAAUGGAGAAGUUGACCUGGUUGGCAUCAGAGAGGAGACUGUGCCAAGAGGGAGACUCCGAGGAGGACAAUUCCCCCAUGUCUCCAACAUCUCCCACCUCCCCAAACUCCCAGAACUCCCCUGCGUCCCAGAAUUCACAGGAGGAGAACUCGGAGGAUGAAGAGGAUGGAGUGAUGAAGGGUGAUGAGAUGGAAUCCGGGGAAGGUGAAGGUGGAAAGCUUCCUGAGGGAGAUGCACCACCAGGCGAUGACCCUCCACAGGCCAGCGGGAGAGGAGGGGGGCGUGGCAGAGGGCGUGGCCGACCUCCCCCUCGUAGCCUCAAGCGUGGUCGGCGUCAGGAACGAGGCAGUAAAGAUGCCUCGAAGCUUCUACUACUGUAUGAUGACCACAUCCUGGACAACGAUCCAAUGAGAGAGAGCAAAGACAUGGCCUUUGCCCAGUCUUAUCUCAAUAGGGUCCGUGAGGCCUUGCAGGAUGUUCCCGGUAAGGUGGAGGAGUUUUUGGGGCUGCUGUAUGAGUUUGACCAGGCGGGAGACAGCCAAAGCGUUUUAGAGCUCUUCUCCCAGCUAAAACCUUUGCUCAGAGACUGGCCCGACCUUCUCAAGGACUUUGCUGCAUUCCUUCUUCCUGAACAAGCGCUGGAGUGUGGUUUGUUUGAAGAGCAGCAGGCCUUUGACAGGAGUCGGCGGUUUCUGCGUCAGUUGGAGAUCAGUUUCGGGGAGAAUCCAUCUCAUUACCAGAAGAUUGUGAGAGCGCUGCAGAGUGGAACUGCUCUCAGUCCUGCUGGCAUUGAUGAGCUCAAAGCCCAGAUGGCCACCCUUCUUAAGGGCCAUACUCACCUGCAAGGAGAAUUCUGGAUGUUUUUUGAUGAGAUGCGUACACCUCCAGCACGUCCAGGCCAGUUUGAAGAGGCUGUUUGGCUAGAUGAAGUGGGAACUGGGAUAGAUGGAGAAGGAUGCUUGGUUGUGGGAUCUGGAGGAGGAGUAUGGGGAGGGUUUGAGGAGGUCACGCUUCCUGAUCUGGAAGAGGACGACGAGUCACACAAAAUUCGACAGAUCAGUGGUAGGAGCAAGAGAAGGAAAGAAAUGCUCACACAUGGCAACUACAAGCAGGACUGUGAUUGGCCAGAGAAAGAUUGUCUGUGUCCCUGUCACGACUCUAGCCACACCAAACAUCGCAGACAUAAAAGAAAGGGAUGCUUGCGUUGCCAUAGCAACAAGGCAACCAACAGCUCAAAGGUGUUGAAAAGCCGUGAUUCAGCGUUUCUGUCCGCUGAUCCACAGGCUGAGAGAGGAGGGGAAGAAAAGGAAGAAGAACGAGGACCAGAAGAUGAUGGAGAAGCAGAGAAGGAAGUUAAAGAUGAGGCUGGUAGUGGAGCAAACAGUCCAUGUCACGAUGGUGAUGGGACUGUGUGGGAAGAAGGUGAGAGAUUCCCUUCUCCCAUCCCAAAGGAACAGGAAAAACAAAAUGAGGAAGAUGACGAGAAACAAGAAGAGCAUCAUAUACAGACUUCACAGAGACAGAGAAAUGAGGAAGAUGUUUCCGCUGAAACAGGAGAGAGAGAUUUGAGCACACUCAGCCCUGCCAUAGACACACCUGUCUGUGCCAAAAACAUCUCCCUCACUGCCAGUGGAGAGAGGGUCAUCCUCUGGACCAGGGAGGCUGAUCGUGUCAUCCUGACUGCCUGUCAACAGCAAGGAGCCAAUCACAGUACUUUCCAGGCUGUGUCAGAGCAACUUGGCAACAAAACAGCCAGUGAGGUAUCAACCAGAUUUCGAGACCUCAUGCGUUUGUUCCAUACGUCAGCUUGUCAGGCGAGCUCCGAGGAUGAAGCCACAGAACAGCAGUCAGCCACUGAUGAAGAGCAGGACUAGAGAAUCAGUCUUUUUACCUUCUUAUAAACUUUUUCAUUGUCUGUUAUAAAUGGGUGUAAUUCUUUUGGUUGGAGGCUACAGUUGCAUAUAAAGCCCCACUUUUUCCGCUGACACCUGCUAAAGAAGUAUUUUACACAUGGGGUCUGAGGUCUCUUAUAAUGCGUAAAUUAAUUAAACAUAAUGAAGCCUUUUAUUUAUCAAAAAAAAAUGAAGCAAAACAUUUUUAUUGGAAAGCACCAGCCUGCAGAUUCUCAUCAACAUUCUUACUGACAUUGAUUGUAUAUUCUGUGAAUAUAUGAACAGAGGUUUUGUAUAGUAUUUUUAUAUCCGGGUGAUUUUGUUGUUUUUAUUUUGCUGCAGAUGUUAGUUCUGUAAACAAGGCACUGUUGUGGGGAAUCUGGAGGACGAUUAAAAUGAUUAUUUAUACAG